UUGAAAAUUGACCUGAUUUUUGUCCGUAAUUCGUCUAAAGUUUUCUCCAGCGCGCUCUCUAAUUAUAAAUGCAUUACAUAGAUGCGCCGGCAUGGCGGUGUACCUGUUGCCCGACGGUAGUUCGCCGGUACUAAUUUACUUCUUCGGCGUGUAAUGCGACCGUCGCGCCGUGAGCGAGGCGGAUGCACCGAUGCGAUCAUUACGAUAUUAAAGCACGAAUGCGUAAUAAAUUAUCGACGCGACACAAUGGUGUGUGUGUGUUGUGUGCGUAGUAAUUAUAUAAUAAUAUCGGGACGCGAGUUCAUUACGAUAUUUAUUACGCCGGCAGAUAGACCGGCGCGGCGACUACCGCGUUUCACGCCCGGCGAACAAUGCGAAUCGACGGGAAAUUGCAUUUUCAGGUGGAACGACGGCGUAUUAGGUGUGUAAUUGCGUCGCCAACAGCCGAAGAAAUUCGAAGAGGUUCGAAUAAUAAUUAGGGUCGGCGGAAAUCGGAAACGGGACGAAAACGAAACACGGGUAAUCACGGUGCGCCCGGCGUGUUGGUUGGCCACAAUGAGUGCAAUUUGUAAAUCGGAUCGGAACAAUAGAUUCGCAAUUAACGAAGCCCUGGGGGCCCGGGGGUCCCUGGUGGCUGGUUUUUCGGCGAGUGCGGCUGUAAUGUUACAGCUGUAAAUCGCUAGGUAGUCGCAGUUGCGGCGCGGUUUCUGUUCGCGGCGGCGCUCCUUUGAUCUCGCCGGUUACAUUCCUCAUGAGCCUGCCACUUACCAAAGCGCUAUCCGCUCGACGAAGACCGAAGACCGACCGGCGAAGACUCUUUCAACCUUCGCUCCCCAUAUACGUUUCAAUGCGUCUCUUUGUAGGAUGUUUCGGUUUCGUUUUCGUGUUGUACUGCGGUACGCCGUGGUUUUACUCUCGAAGUUAUCCAAAAAUAUGCAAAAUCAAUAAUGCGGUAAUGACAGCGAGAUCAAAGGAGUCUAAUAAUCGUUUAAUGCCGAUUUUAUCAUGUGCGUCGCUAUCGGUAAUGCGAUUUCGAUAUCGACGCCCGUGCAUUUCGGCGCACGUUUGAUUUAUUGAUGAGUAAUACGCACACACACGAGUGAUGCGAGCCACUCCAGCCAAGUUUUUGUGCGCGUCUCUUUGAGUCGCUGCCGCCGCUAGUAGUGGCACCAGUACCGCGGGUUGAGCGGGGCACACGCGGGUAUUGCUGGUGUGCCUCACCAUCAGAGUUGUGGCUGAGCGGAGCGCGCAAGUCUGACUCCAUUCGACCCGACGGGCUGGUCGUGUACGGACGUACAGGUUUUCUCCUCCGCGCGGCGCUGUGUUGCGCAAAGUGCGAAAGUUCCGCGUGCGUAUUUAUUGUUCUAAUAUUAUUUAUACUUUAACGUAAACCAUAGUGCUUCCAAGUGGCUUUGAUCCUCGUGCGCUCGUCAAAAAGUGUUGCGUUUUGAUCGACUCGGGAUGAAACAGUCGGACGCGGGCGCAAGUCAACUCGGCGCGUAGUAGUAGUACUCAAAGCCGUGAUGUGUUUGCGUUACUAUUUAUAAACUCUUUUGAUCAUUAAAGCUCGAACGUUUGUGUAUACUGUGCCGAAGCGGCGGCGGCGUGCUCGUCGGGCCUUCGACAAAGUGCAACCGAAAAUAACAUCAAAGACGUCGUCGCGCUGCGCCACUCCAGUCCUGGUUCUUCUCCACGCGCGGCAACAUCUUCGCUGUCCCCGCGAAGAAACCGGCCGCAGCAAGUCGCGCGCGCGCGCGCUGCUCUCCUCGGCGCGCUUAAUUAAUAACAAAAACGCCGCGCCGCUUUUGGAUUACACGACGACCGCCGGCCGGCUAAUAAACCGACCGACCGACCGACCGGAUCUCGCAUGGCCCUUUCACGGGUAACAUGAUCGCGCGCAUCCAGUGCAUGCCCGCUCAGCCGCUUUGAGGAGCGGCGCAAGAAAGGAAAGCGAUCCGAACAAAAGCCCGAGAAAUGUUCGCCUCGAUGCGCAUCGGGCUAAUCUGCGCCCUUGUCGUCAUUGUGCGGCAUGUUUGCGCCCUGUCGCCACCCCGCUGCGAGAGGAUCGCCGCGCCGAUGUGCCAGGGCCUCGGCUACAACACCACGCACAUGCCCAACUUCUUGGGCCAUGCCAGUCAGGAGGAGGCUAUUUUCGAGCUUGGGAAAAUGGACGAGCUCCUAAGCAGUAAAUGUUCGCCGUUUCUACGUUUGUUCAUCUGCUCCCUGUACUUCCCUUUGUGUUCUGAACACAUCCCCGGAGCGGUUCCUGCCUGUAAUGGUCUCUGUGAGGAGGUAAACUUGGACUGUUCCCAUAUAAUCCGCCGGGCUGGUCUUGUCCAACUCAAAUGCACCAGUUUCCCGGAACCACCUGAUCUCUGCAUGCAGCAACCACCGGACGAUGAUGAUUUCACCGGAAACUCCGACAUGACUUCAUCCUAUAUGAUCAACCGCCUGCAGAAGAAAUGUCCCGCGAACAUGGUGCGUGUUGGCGGUAACUGUAUCACGGUACCCCAGAAAUACGACACCACCAACGAUGACAAACUGAUCGUCGAGGUGUGGAUUCUCAUCUGGAGUAUCCUCGCCAUUGUUGUUGUGGUCUUCACACUGCUGACUUUCGUCAUCCAACCGAAGCGUUUCCGAUGGCCGGCGAGACCCAUCCUCUUCCUAACCAUCUGUGGGCUCUCUUCCAGCGUGUUAUACUUUUGCCAGUGGACUCUAUCCACGCUCACUUGCACGGUGGAUGAGGGUACCAUACGACCUUUAGAUGGACGCGCCUGUGUGGUCUUCGUCCUGCUGCAUACCUACUUUGACUUUGCGUAUGCAUUAUGGUGGUGUACCUUCAGUUACGUGUGGUACCUCAGCGCGUCCAAGGAGUGGUCAACCGAGGCCAUUGAGAAGAUCGCAGCGCGUGUACAUUCAAUCGUCUGGAGUCUUUCCGGUGUGCCCAUCGUGCACGUGCUUGUUUUCAAUAGUUUUAAGGCCAAUUCAUUCAACGGCUUCUGCGAGAUGAGCAGUCUGGUGCUGACAAUGGCACAGGUAUUCGUUGUUGUCCUGGGAAUGGUCCUUGCUGUACUAACAUCGCAGGGACUCCGCAGUGUACGCGCUGCUCUUGUCUAUGCAGGUCGUUCCCCACAUAAACUGGAACGACUUAUCUACAGACUGGGAAUUAUUAGUUUGGGGAUUGCAGUGCCGUUGCUUGUAAGCGUGCUGUGCUACUUCUCUGACUCGUUGUACGUUGAGCUGUUGAAGGUGUGCACGCGCUACCUCAGUAUUAUCUUCUCUACGUUGUGGGUGUUCUCGUAUAAGACGUUUCGGAGCUGGAACAAAAUCCUGCGGCCGCGCUUUACGCACAAGGGCCUGAUGCGAAGCGGGCCCGUCACGAAAGUGUAAAACUAGCAUCUAGGAGCGCGCAGAUCUUUUCAAAAAACGACUGCGACGCUGUUGUCUGUGAUAUUACCGUGUAGGAUAUGUACGAUAUUUUUUUAUAGCAGUAUUAACAAUAACCAGGAAAAUUAUGCUAUGUUAAGGUGUUAAUUAUUGUAUGAAUGUAUAUUUAUUACGUUCUAGUUGUGCUGUUUACACCUGUUGUAGGCAGUCGGUAACUCAAGGGCUUGUAAGUCAGUACUCAGUAUGAUCGGGAAGCGCUGAUGGCGGCGUCUCCCUAUCGUGUUAUAGCUAGGCAUUUGUAUAAAAAGAAAACAAUUCAAUUUGUGUGUA